CUCGCCGAUGUCUAUAUAGCUUGGUAUUGGGCAUCCUUUUUAACCUUCCAGACCCUCCAUGACGACACGAGGAACUUCCACCGCCUUCCAGAAACACCUAUGAAAAGGAGGGGUGAUCCUUGGUCACUGACGUCACGUGGUGUUGGUGGCCUGAUCGAACGGGCGACUGUCAUCUGGACUCUUCUACUAAUGACCCGUGUCAACUGGACAAUUCUGGGCUAUACUGACUAGUACUCCGUACUGAGUACGUGCUGUGCUUCCUCUAAGUACGUUGAACUAGUUACGCUAGUCUGUACUAUAAUAGUAGCAGUAGUUGCCUGGAUGCCUGGAUGCCUUCCCUGCCUCUGAGAUCUCAGGCCAUCGAUCGAUAGCUGUGUACAUGGUACAUGUGGUACUGUACAUCGGCGUUACUUGUCAGUACACGGUAAGGUACUGGAGCUUCCUACCUUGUUCAGGAUUUCCAAGUACCUUCCAAGUACCCACUCACACUAGAUGGGCCAAUAAUCCGCCGGAGCGAUUAUCAACCGACGACGAUGAUUGGAAGAAGAGUACUCCGUUCGGUCGAGUCUCUACCCACCUGCCUAACUUAAAACUUGAGUUGUCCCUUCAGGUCAGCUUCUCUUACCCCCACGAUGGGAUGAAUCGUGAUCCGAUUGAAUGCGAUUGAACUGUCCAACAAGGAAGGGAUGAGAGCGAAAGUACUAUACCAGGUUGGGUCAAGAUAGGAACACAGGAUCACCCGCAUUGGCACGAUAACUUAAAAUAUAACCAAUGCCAUCCGACCACCGGCGCAAUGGACCGUCAUUAUGGACCGCGAUCGAUCUCCAUUGGAUGUUUCAGACACAUCUGCCACUGGGAACUAAGGUUACUAGUCCAUGACACAUCCACAUCAUGACUACGGACGAGGAUUCAAUCGGCAUGUUUCCCAUCACCAUGGACGCCUUGCGUGGUCUGCACGAUGCAGCGAACUCUUCUCAUAAUACCUCAUGGUAAUGAGAAUAUUCUUGAUCUCUCUCCUCUCUCCCCUAUUAAUUUGUGGAUUAUUCUUCUAAGCUGAGAGAUUUUCGCGGAUCUAGUGACUCUAGUCCAUCCAUACUAAACAAUGACCCUCCCUUUCUCUGGCUCGAACUCGAUUUUUAAUUUAUUAUUUAUGCUAAUUUUUUUUCGGCUUCUCUUAACCACCUUGAUUUUUAUAUUAACUCCAAGAUGUGAAGAUCGUCCACUCUCGUUCCUUUUUCUUUCUCUCAUCCCACGUUUUCCCUAACAAACCCCCUGUCCCUUCCCUUUCUCUCUCGUUUUUUAUCUUCCAUCCGCCUCGUCAUGACGUCAAAAGUGGACACGACCCAAGUUGCCCUGGGAUUUGACGGAUGGGAUGACUUCAGGCAGCCGACAUUGUUAGCAUAUUCUCCCGAGGCAUGAUUGACUAUCCUUGGACCUUUGAUUUCCCCCCCCACCUCUCCAACGCUGGUAAGUAAGUACUAGCCCGUCCUUGCAUCUUGCAUGUCCACUUUUUUUUUUUUUUUUUUUUUUUU